AUGAAUCCUGGUCGUUGUGCUGCUUGUAGAUAUUUGAGGAGAAGAUGUGCUGAAGAUUGCAUUCUCUCACCUUAUUUUCCAUACAAUGAUCCCCAAAGAUUUGUUUCUGUUCACAAAAUCCAUGGUGCCAGCAAUGUCACAAAACUACUUCAGCAACUCCCAACCCAUUUGCGAGCUAAAGCAGCAGAUUCCUUAUACUUCGAGGCACAAUGUCGGGUUGAAGACCCUGUCUAUGGCUGCGUUGGGCUCAUAUUUCUGCUGCAGCAACAAAUACACAGUGCAGAGAGCGAGCUAGCUAAGACCCAGGCUGAGAUUGCAGUUCUGAAAUCUCAGGCCCAACAUACCCAAGCUCAACCAUUCGAAGCUGAAUCUGAUGUCAACAAUUUGUUGCAAGAACAGUUAGACAAUAUUGCCAACGUCAGCUUCUCCAAUCAAGCUUCUUCUGGGUUUAUCAAUUAGUUUUGGCACCCCAGGGCUGGUACAUUCCUGCAUUUGUUGGACUUGUGAACUUACAGGCUUCUCAUUUUAGGAAUAAAAGGAAAUGGUUGAAUCUCUGUGAUAUUUCCUUGAAAUUGGAAUCAAAUGGAUAAUCUGGGUCUGAUGUUAUUCUACAGGUAGGAUUAACCCUCUCAUAUGCAGCUCCAAUUGUUUCCUUGUUGGGAACAAGUUUUAAUGAAACAGAAAGGAAAUGGCUUCUCAUAAACGAAUAAUAUAUAUUGAUCAUACUAGGCAGGAACAGCAAAAAUUAUCGGUUGAAACAUUACAGGAACUAACAGAACUUGUUAGCUCAUUGGUUCCUCAAUCCUUGAACAUUUCUGUGAUAGAAAUAAAUAUAAUUUUUGAAGUUUCAGCUAUAAGUUCAUCAAGAGAGAUUGAGCAACAAAUGAUGAUCCAAUAGAGCUGAGUCGAAAGACUGAUUCGUUUGGGGGUUAAAUGCUUGCACGUGUCACUAAGUCGAUAUAUCUUGAUGUGGGACAGGUGUUAGGCAAGCAGGGUACUGGUCCUGGAACUCAAAAUUUGACAGAUGGCUGGAGAUGGAUUUUUUCAAUAAACUUAAUUUUUAG